UUGACAGAUAAAACAGGCUUCGUGUCGUGUAUUUAUUUACAUGUAAGAAAACAUAAUUUCUUUGCUUUUAUUGCUCGCUUAGCGGUGGAGGGAGAUCAGAGUUGCGUGUAAUAUCAUUGAAAAAUACGUCAACAACUCAGUUCUCUUUUAGAAGUUGGACUGUUGAGUCCUGUGUCGUAUCAUAUUAGCAUACGUAUCGCAUCUAGUUUGUAGAAAAUAAUUUAACUUUUUUAGUUUAGUUCCGUAACAUAAUCAUCUACAAAAUGAAUCGAAAAUUCGUAAACGUUAUAAUCCUUGGAUUUGGGUUUAUGUUCGUCUUCACGGCGUUUCAAACUAUGGGAAAUAUAGAGAAAACAGUAUUAGACAGUAUAUCACACGAUGAUCCGGGCUUCACGGGAGAUGGCUACACGUCGUUGGCCAUCAUCUACGCAACACUGGCAAUAUGCAACUGGAUGGCACCGUCCAUCAUCACGAUCACAGGGCCACGAGGAGCCAUGUUUAUUGGUGGACUGACUUAUUUAUUCUUCAUCGUGACUUUCUUGUUCCCUCGCACGUGGCUCUUGUACGUGGCGAGCGUGUUGAUCGGCGCCGGCGCAGCUGCUAUAUGGACCGGCCAGGGCAACUAUUUGACACUCAACAGCGAUGCCGAUACUAUAUCCAGGAACUCAGGAGUCUUCUGGGCUAUGUUACAGUGCAGCAUGUUUUUCGGAAAUCUUUUCGUAUUCAUUAAGUUCCAAGGCAAGACACAAAUUGAUGCGGAGACAAGGAACGUGGUGUUCGGUGCUCUGACGGGAGUCUGUGCUGUCGGCUUAGUUUUCCUCAUGCUCCUAAGACCAGCUAAGCGCAUGCCCAACAUCGAAGAUGCCAAGGGCGAGAUAGUGACCCAUGAAGUGCAAGAAAGUCCCCUGGAUGCGUUCAAAGGCGCUUUGAAACUGUUCUGCACCCGCGAUAUGUUGUUGCUCAGUGUCACUUUCAUUUAUACCGGCGUGGAACUGUCCUUCUUCAGUGGCGUGUACAGUCCCAGCAUUGGUUUCACGCUGUCUAUGGGCGAGAAUGCUAAACAGUUGGUGGGCUUGUCAGGCGUCUUCAUUGGUAUGGGAGAGGUGCUCGGAGGUGCUCUAUUCGGUAUUCUCGGAUCAAAGACAACUCGUUGGGGCCGCGAUCCGAUCGUCAUCAUGGGCUACUUCAUCCAUUUAGGCAGUUUCUUCCUAAUCUUCAUCAAUCUACCGACCGUUGCUCCAUUCGGAGACACCAACGAGGUUUCCUACAUCACGCCUUCACCUCAGCUUGCGAUGUUCUGCAGUUUCCUACUAGGAUUCGGAGACGCAUGCUUCAAUACCCAGAUAUACUCAAUUUUGGGAGGCAACUACUCAGACAACAGUACCUCAGCGUUCGCACUGUUCAAAUUUACUCAGUCCCUAGCAGCGGCAGCCUGUUUCUUCUACUCGUCAAAGGCGCUGCUCUCCGUACAGCUGAUGAUUCUAGGCGUCCUAGCGACACUAGGUACUGCCUGUUUCUGCCGCGUUGAAUGGGCCGCUAGAGCUCGCGCGCGCGCCCUCGCGGUUGACGCCGACGACAAGUCCUCACCAACCACACACGCUCUCGCAGACAACGGACUACAUUACGACUGAAUGAACGAUACAGCCAGUGGCGGAUUACACAUGCGCGAGGCGCGUAGCAAAUUCUAAUUAAGGCUCCCUCGAUCUUAUAAGUUCUACAGUCAAGCAGUGUGUUUGGGGCCGGUAGUACUGAGGGUAUUUUGCUUUGCUAGAUGGCGCUAAUGAUGCGUUACGUCUUGUUCCUCCAAUAACUUAACAUUAAAUAAUUGUAUAUUGGACAAAAUAUCUUAUUUAGGUACCAUUAGUUGCUCUGGUGGCCUAUAACACGAUAACCCUCACACUACUCUUACCACAUUGUUAAUCCGGCACUGGAUACAGCCUAAUCUUACUGAUUUUAGAUACAGUUUACUUACUACAUUUAUUUUGUUAUGAGUUUGUAUCUAUAUUGUGGAAGUAAACUAAAACUCGAAUAUUGCAUUACAACCACUUCUUUGUAAAUAGGUGUUGCAUCCUAACUUAAAGUUUGGCUAAGACGUGUUUCUGUCACCUUUAUGUUUGUUUUCUGUAUUCACAAAAUAGAGGCAGGAAUAUUUUCUUAGUCAAAGUACUAUAAAAAAUAUUGUAUCUCGGUUUAAAAAAAUACAAUGAGUAAUCUUGAUGUUUCUAAAAUCAUUAAUUUAAGGCUUGUGUGAUAUAUGACGGAAAUAUCGGCUGACUACUGGACAGUCUUAGAAAGAUUUGUACAUAAGAGUAAAAUUAUUAUUUUAAGGAAAAAUAAUUUAAAUUUAACCUAUAAAUUAUAACAAAAAUGUGUACAAUCGUCGUCAGAGAUUAUAAAUAUUGUCUAUGCGCCUGCACGAUUUUACUGAAUGAGUUUUAACUUUGGAAAAAACCGUUACGUUUUAAAUAUAGAAGUGCAAGCGCGUUGACGAUUUAAAUGUCGUUAUUUGGUAGACCUAAUUUUAACACGAAUUUUAAAUGAAUUAUUGUGAAGUAUUGAUAUUGAAUAUCUUUUACACAUAGUAUUCAAAAUAAAAUUUGUCAAACGUAAUAAAUAAUAUCAAUUAAUUGUAUGUACGGAAGUAUUAAAUACUAUGUUCUAUGUUAGACUAAAUUUCUGAUUGAAUUUAAAGAAAUAUAAUUACGAAAACAAUCCCUAAGUUGGCUGUGUCAGAUGUAAUAAUCUCCAAAUGUUUGUAGGAUUAUUUAUUAUAAUCCUUUACCAUGGAUAAUUUAAUGAGAAUAAUGAUAUUGUUUCAUUCAUUGCUAAUGGUUGGCAUGUAAUGUAGAUUGUAAGCAAAAUACAGCAAGCUUUAAAGUGAGGGAUGUGUGUAGAUGUGGGUGACUGUACUCACUGAAUGAAACAGGGAAUUAAAUAGUUGAUUUUACUUUUUUAUAAACCUCUAUAGUGCAUUUUGUUUUGAUUCCAUCAAUAAUGAAGUGAUUAGAAAGGUAUAUGUAUAUCUAUGUAUGGAAGGUGAUGUGUGGUGCUCUACUCACGGCGCAGUGAGCGUAAAUUAUAUUUUUUAUAAAAAUAAAUAUAUCUUAUGUAUAUUACGUAGAUGGAAACUAUGAAAUUGUUUAAGGACAUCUAGUCACAAAACUUGAGGCGUAUAAAUGAAAUCAUGGAACUUUAAAUCGACUAUUGUAUAAUACAUUCAAAGAUGACAUUCCAUAUUAUAUUGUUUUUAUCAAUUUUAUUCUAGUUUUUAGUUAUUUAGUAUAAUUUUAUAUUUUGUUAUUUUUUAUUUUCAUGCUUUUAAUUUAACAUUCCGUUUUGUCUACCUAGAUGCCUAUCUCAAAUUAAUAGUAUUCCCUGCAGUUACUAUCUAGUCUUAUUUCCCUAUUCUAAAAUAACAGUUGACUAUACUUUUAAACAUUUCAUGAAAUUAUAUGUGAAAUAAAGUAUUUUAAUAACUA